CGGACGACGUAUGUUGUCAAUGAGAAAAAAAAAGAUGGCGUCGGUGUCAGAUUUGUACGAUGUAGGAUGGGAAGAGAUGAGAGACAAGCUGCGCAAAUGGAGGGAAGAUAACAGCAGAAAUAGUGAACAAAUAGUGGAUGUUGGUGAAGAACUCAUCGGUGAACAUUCAUCAAAACUGGGAGAUGACAUAUGGAUUAUUUAUGAGCAGGUGAUGAUUGCGGCGCUGGACUGCAGUCGAGAUGACUUGGCUCUGACCUGUCUGCAGGAACUGAAGAAGCAGUUUCCAGAUAGCCAUAGAGUGAAGCGAUUAUCGGGCAUGAGGCUGGAAGCCUUGGAAAGGUACGAGGAGGCCAACAAGUACUAUGAUAGCAUUCUUCAAGACGACCCGACCAACACGGCAGCAAGGAAGCGUAAGAUCUCCAUACUAAAGGCCCAGGGGAAGAGCACUGAAGCCAUCCGGGAGCUCAAUGAGUAUCUGGAACAGUUCGUUGGGGACCAGGAAGCGUGGCAUGAGUUGUCCGAGCUCUACAUCAAUGAACAUGACUAUGGAAAAGCUGCGUUUUGUCUGGAGGAGCUGAUGAUGACCAAUCCUCACAAUCAUUUGUACUGUGAGCAGUACGCUGAGGUGAAGUACACUCAGGGGGGGCUGGAAAACCUGGAGCUGUCCAGAAAGUAUUUUGCCCAGGCACUGAGGCUGAACAACCGAAACAUGAGGGCAUUGUUUGGUCUGUACAUGUCUGCAAGUCACAUCGCUGCCAGUCCUAAAGUUAGUGCCAAGGUGAAGAAGGACAAUAUUAAGUAUGCCGCCUGGGCUACCACUCAAAUAAAUAGAGCCUAUAAGCUUGCUGGUCGUGGGAGUAAAGAGAAUAAGUGCUCCAGGAAGGCAGUGGAGGAGAUGUUGGAGUCCAUGCAGAUCACCAUGUCCUAGACCUGCGCAUGUCCUCUCUCUUCAGUUGGAACAACAUGGCAGCUCAAAUAGUCUUGCAAUGUGUCCACUAUCCAGAACCAGAUCUGUAUCUGUAUUUUGUUUUUUUCUUAAUCCCUUCAACGUUGAUUCUGUGAUUUAGUGAACAUGACAUGGAUAAUGGAAGACCUUUUCCUCAAGUGCAAAGAUUCACCCACUCAUCUGGUACCUACAACACCAGAACGCAAGUACAAACCAGGGUGGGAUGUUCCUCAGACUGGACUGUACUAAUCCUUCCCAUCUUAUUUUGUGUUUUUGAUCUAACAAUUUUUCACAUCCACAUCAAAGCUUUAACCCUGUGACAGAGAAGACGAGCUGUAAAGUAACUGCUAUUUAUAAAGACGGUAUGACGGCCCCACCUGUUCGCACAGAGGUGCUACUGUCAAUUAGACAUCUUUAAUACAAAUAAUUGUUUUUCUUUUUUGUCAGACUUAUCAAAAUGUCUUAAUAAAGUAUAGUUGAAAAUA